UACCUUGUAUGUAUUACCUUGAAAAGGAGCAGGUCAAUUUUAAAUAUAUUUUUUUACAACAUAAAAUGUUUUGAUUCAAAUCACUUGCAAUAAUUAAAAAAAAUUUACAAAAUGAGUUCUCAUGAAGAAAUUAUAAUUAGUGACGACGAUGCUGGUAUUGAGGGUGUUGAAGAUAUCAAUCAAAACCUCUCAAAAGGUUUGAGUUCUUGUUCUAAAUUUAAUUUAGAAAAUUCGAAUACGGCUUUAUUCAAUAAGUAUAUUAAUAUAAGCCAUGAAACUUUAAAAGUCAAUCGUUUAGCAAUGCAAGGUAAUCUCAUUGCUAUGCAGAAUAGUCAUUUAGCGAUGAAGAAUUUACAAGACUUGACCGAGUCUAUUUUGAAACAAAUAAAUUUUAACUCAAUUAAUUUGAAAGAUAGAGCAAAGUCUGAAGUGAGUACUUCCAAAAACGAGUCAGUAAUUGAAGAUGAAAUACCAAAUUCAUCAUCAUCAAAAACCGGAAUCAAAUUCUUGAUUAAAGAUAAUAAACGAUUGAUUGGUAAAAAAUUACCGUGUAUAGUAAAAAGGCUACCUAAAAAUUUUCAGUUACAAGCAAAAACAGAUCGGAGAUCCGAAAAGGAAUUUCAGUGUAGCCACUGUCCAUUGAAAUUCAAACUGAAUUUUAUGUUGAUUCGUCAUAUGAAAUCAUUUCAUGGGUCCGAAGAAAUAAAUGACAGCCCUGUCAUAAAAGAGCCUGAAUUUAAUUUUCCUGCAGUUCGUAAUGAUAAAAAUGAAGCUAACAAUAAGAACAAAAAAAAAAAUAAUAAUAAUAAUAAUAAUAAUAAUAAUAAUAAUGACGAUGAUGAUGAUGAUAUUUGUGUCAUUAAUGCUGAACAUAAAAAGGAUGACGUGAUUCCACCAAAUCAAUAUAAAAAAAAUGUUGAUAAAAAAUGCAGUGUGACUUUGUCUCGAAUUUCGUGUGUAAAUAAUGACAAACAACGGCAAAUAGCAAAUAAAGCUCUAUUGCUAAAAAGAAAAAUAACUCAAAAUAUGAAAAAAUCAACAGAGUCGACAGAAGGUCUAAAUUUAUUGAAUUCUUCUAUCAAUAAAAAUAUUCGCUUCCUUACUCGAGACGUAACUCAUGAAAAUUUACUCGUGAGAAAAAAUAAACACCCUAAUGUACUGGGCUAUGUUAAUACUCUAUAUGUUAACAAACCAAUGCGAUUAAAUUAAAUAUUACAUCAAAUUGAAUGAUUAUUGUUGAAACUAGUUUCAUAAUCACUACUAACUGAUAUUCAUUGGUUUCAUAAAUAAUUGUUUAAUUAUAACUCUGUUUAUUUAGAUUUAUUAAACUAAUUAUUUCA